CGCGCAAGGGGAAGGGAGUGGCGCAUGCGCAGUGCAAUACCGGCGGCGGCUGUACAAACGGUGGCCUAGCGAACCAGGGGAUUACGGAGCCCAAUUUGACAGGCUGCACAAUGAGUCAGGGUAAGGACAAUGCACGACUCAAGAGCUACAAGAACAAGUCUCUUAACACAGAUGAAAUGAGACGAAGGAGGGAAGAGGAAGGUCUGCAGCUCCGCAAACAGAAGAAGGAUGAACAACUUUUUAAGAGGAGGAAUGUUGCCACUGUGGAGGAUGAUGGAGUCUUGGAGGAUGACGGGAUGGCCGACAGCGGCUACCUGGAGUCCCAGGCCAACAACAUGGAUCCUCUUAUGGGAGGGGUGAUCUCUGAGGACAUGAUCCAGAUGAUCUUCUCCAGCUCUCCUGAGCAGCAGCUAAUAGGUACUCAGCGCUUUAGGAAACUUCUCUCUAAAGAGCCCAACCCACCCAUCGAUGAGGUUAUUGCUACUCCAGGUGUGGUGGAGUGUUUUGUUGAGUUCCUGAAAAGAAGAGAAAACUGCACAUUGCAGUUUGAGGCAGCGUGGGUGUUGACCAACAUUGCGUCAGGCACAUCCCACCAGACGCGGGUGGUGAUCCAGGCAGGAGCUGUGCCCAUAUUCAUCGAGAUGUUGAGCUCAGAUUUCGAAGAUGUUCAGGAACAGGCAGUGUGGGCUCUGGGCAACAUAGCGGGAGAUAGCACAGAAUGCAGAGACUUUGUCAUAGACUGCAAUAUUUUGCCUUCCCUGGUGCAGUUAUUGGCCAAACAAAAUCGUCUAACUAUGAUGAGGAACGCCGUGUGGGCACUCUCCAACCUGUGCAGAGGAAAGAACCCACCUCCAGACUUCACUAAGGUGUCCCCUUGUCUCAGUGUGCUGUCUUGGCUGCUCUUUGUCAACGACACAGACAUCCUGGCCGACGCAUGCUGGGCACUUUCCUACCUGUCUGAUGGCCCGAAUGACAAAAUCCAAGCUGUUAUUGACUCAGGAGUGUGUCGCAGGCUGGUUGAAUUACUGAUGCACUCUGAUUAUAAAGUGGUGUCUCCUGCCCUGCGAGCUGUAGGGAACAUCGUCACUGGAGAUGAUCUACAGACACAGGUGAUCCUGAACUGCUCAGCGCUGCAGUCUCUGCUCCACCUGUUGAGCAGCCCAAAGGAGUCAAUCAAGAAGGAAGCCUGUUGGACGAUCUCCAACAUCACUGCAGGGAACCGAGCACAAAUACAGAUGGUGAUAGAUGCAGGACUGCUGAAUCCUCUCAUCACCAUCCUGCAAGUAGCAGAGUUUCGCACAAGGAAGGAGGCGGCCUGGGCCAUUACCAACGCCACCUCAGGGGGCUCAGCAGAACAAAUCAGACACCUAGUGGAGCUCGGCUGCAUAAAACCUCUGUGCGACCUGCUCACACUCAUGGACUCCAAAAUAGUUCAGGUGGCUCUAAACGGCAUCGAAAACAUCCUGCGGCUGGGAGAGCUGGAGGCCAAGCGGGGCGGCGGCAUCAACCCGUACUGCGCGCUCAUCGAGGAGGCUUACGGUCUGGAUAAGCUGGAGUUCCUACAGGGUCACGAGAACCAGGAAAUUUACCAGAAAGCCUUCGACCUGAUCGAGCGCUACUUCAACACUGAAGACGAGGACCCGUCUCUGGCCCCGGCCGUCGACCUGCAGCAGCAGCAGUUCCUCUUCCAGCAGUGCGAGGCCCCCAUGGAGGGCUUUCAGCUAUAAUGCUCAGUCCCCCUCUCCCCCCUCCUCGUGCUCUCAAAGCUCAUCCUCACCUCCGCUCACCUCUCUCACUCUCUGCCCGAAGCCAUGAUCCAGGGUGGCAGUAAACCCCCCCCCCGGCCCUCCCCCUCGCUCCUCCUUCCCCCUCCCAUCGCCAGAGAGGUUGAUUUAAUCAUCAUCACGAUUAUUAGAAGUGUAACAUUACAGGAGCACGUGUGUGCGUACGUCCAACAUGGGUCAAGUUCUGCAGUCUCGUCAGCCAGUCCGUGAAGGUUCCACUCAUCAUUCUGUCUUGCACCCGGCGUCUCCUCCUCGCAGACUCUCCCUGAAACACAACAGAUUUCUUUUGGAUUUCCUCCUGGGUGAACCCCAAAUGAAAAGCCCCCCCCCCCCCCCCCCACAUGUUCCUGUAGGAUUGGCAGUGGUGAUUUCUGAGGCAGUGGGAGUGUUGGGACAGCACUGCUUGUCUGAUCGAAGCAUUUCAAAACUCUCAAGACAGACAAACAUGGACGUGAUUUUUUUUUUUUCUUUUUUUUUUUCUUUUUUUUAUGAUCCCUUUCCCCACACGCAUAGAGAAGAAUGAUCUAACCUAAACACUGGACUGACCUUAAGACGUUGACCACGUUUGACUGCGGUCGCCGGACUGAACCGCCCACCGCGGGCCCGCGCGACCAGGCCCAAGCCAAGGACUCGGCCAACCUCUACAAAAGGCACUUAAUCCACUCGAACGCGGAGGUUGGACACCCUCGUGGCCCCGUCUCCGACUGCAGAUGGACACAUUAGGAAUUUGACUGUGUUACAAAAAGGGGGGCGGAGCUUGUCAGCGAAAAACCAGGCUGCUUGCAAUCCCUCCUGGAUCUCAUAUCAUGCAUUCCUCUAGCUAAUGGGACUUUUCCACCUGCACGGGCUCCACCCUGGAGAGUUCAGACUGCCUCCUGCCUUCUUGUGUGAUGUGAAUAACCCCAUGGAACCAUGGGAAUUGGAGUCUUCCCUCGCACUGAGACAAUUGGACAGACUUGGACAAGACAAAUGAGACUGUGUAACCCUGGAUUCUGCCUCGCAGCAGACCAGUGGGGAUUUUUAUUAUCUUACCAUAAUUUCAUUUCAUUUUUUGCUGCACUUUAGUUCUGGACUGAUGCCUGCUCAUCGACAGUAUACCAUAGUUUCGACAUGAACUAUUUAAUUGGUUGAUGACAGGGCUCUUCCCUCCUCAGGAAGCGAGGUGUAAAGAGGGGCAGUUUGUAUCCUCGGUCCCCUUCUGGUAUGACAAGAAUGACACUGUUUACCCUUCCCCCACCAAGGGAUUCCAUCAGAUUGUGGACUGAAUCUGUUAGCACAUUUCUCACAAUCAAGAGGAUCAUGCUGCCUCAGCACUGCUAGAAGAACUUUAUUCUGACAAAGUCACUUCUAACAAUUAGAUCUCUAUCUGACAAAAAAAAAAAAUUGGCUUGUUUAGCUGUGAACGUCUAAAACGCGACUUUCCGAACACACUUUCAGGUAGUAUGUUCCAGUUUGAUCAUGCCAAAUCAUUAACGUGUGUUUCAGCUAUUCGGCCUGAAGUCGGUCUUUUUUUAAAGAGAGAGAAAAAAUAGUUUUGUUUUUUUUUUUUUUCAUUUGAGGGUUAGCAUCUGUCAUGUAGCUGAUGGUGCCAUAACCCUUGUCCUACAGAAAUCCUUUGAUUUCAACAUAAAUCCAGAUUGAAACUUGAAAAUCCUGGUGACCACCUUAAGGCGGGUACGCACUACAGGGCGGCCGAGUUCUCUCCCGAUCUCCUCUUGUGAUCAAAGCGUGUUUUAGUCCAGCCCGAUCCGUUCGGGAGCGUGUGUUCUCUCCAGACGGACGAAGGUUCUCAGACUCCUGUGGUGUGUGCCGGCCUUUAGUUAAGCUGAACUGAAUGUUUGUUUACCAAGUUCUCUUUACAAUGCUUACUUUCAUCAGCGUCUCAACCAGAGAUGACCAGCUCUACAUGUUCAGUAACGUUUGUUGUAUUGAGUUUGUGCAUCUGUCCCCCUGUUGUUCCAUUUGCAUAAAAGUCGUUUCAUGA